AUCAGCCAUUGCAGUGCCUGGCUUUCGGCCGUCUCUGUUUUCCUGAUACAGCCUGCGAUUGCCGUCGACUUCCGGCGGCAGGUAAUCCGAAUUUGAAGAUUGACAUAUCAGUCAUUCUGCUUCUGUACUGCCACACUCUUUCAAUUUCUCCAUCAAAAUUGCGAUCCAUCCCAACAUUUGGAGGUGAGUUUCUCUUGAUGUUUUCAAUUUUUCGGCUCUAUUUCGUUCUUUCUGUGAAUUUAUGCAUGUUAAGUUCGACCCACUCUGUAGACGACACCGGGAUCGCCUCUUCACCCUGGCUCGGUACUACCGGACACUCCUUAGGUCAUGCGCGCGAUAUGUAGCUUUAGACGUAGGCGAGGAAGUUCACGCGGCAGCCAUCGUCUCAGGACUGUUUAAUACCCAUAACUCAUUCGUCCGGAAUGCUGUACUCCACAUGUAUGCGGCCUGUGGGAUUGCACAUUCCGCGCAUAAGGUGUUUGACGGAAUUCCCCUGUCACAGAAGGACGCAGCUGAUUGGACUGCCUUGAUGGGCAGUUAUAUUCGGGCAGGGGUGCCACUUAACGCGCUCAUUCUAUUUGUGGAAAUGCAUAGGGAAAGUGUUUGCGUGGAUGAACUCACAAUGGUCACAGUAUUAAAUGGGUGCUCAAAGUCGGGCCAUUAUGUGUUUGGGGUUCAAGGACAUGCCUUUUUAAUUAAAACAGGGUUGAACUUAUUUGUUAAAGCAUGCAAUGCAGUUAUGGAUUUGUAUGUGAAAUGUGGAUUAAUUGAUGAAACAAGAAGGGUUUUUGAUGAGUUGAAAGAGAGGAGUGUUGUUUCUUGGACUAUACUAUUGGACGGUGCAGUUAGGUUGGAAGGCUUGGAAAUUGCUAAGUUAGUUUUUGACCAGAUGCCUGAGAGAAAUAAGGUUGCAUGGACAAUCAUGAUUGCAGGAUAUAUUGAAAAUGGAUUUACAAUGGAGGCCUUUAAACUUUUAAGAACCGUGCUCUUUGAUUUGAGAUUUGAGUUAAACUUCGUGACACUUUGUUCAUGGUUAUCAGCUUCUGCACAAUCAGGGAAUCUUCUAAUGGGUCAAUGGAUGCAUGCAUAUUAUCUUAAAAAGAUAAAUGGUGAUCAUGAUAUUAUGAUCUCAACGUCGUUAGUUGAUAUGUAUGCUAAAUGUGGGAGAGUUAAUGAUGCUCUUCGAGUUUUUGCAAUGACAACCCCAAGGAAUGUGGUUACAUGGAAUGCUAUGCUAAGCGGGUUGGCAAUGCAAGGGAAGGGAGACAUUUUGGUUAACAUGUUUGACCAAAUGGUUAGAGAGGUCAAACCAGAUCGUGUUACUUUUACAGCUGUGCUAAGUGCUUGUAGUCAUUCAGGUUUAGUUGAUCUAGGUAGGCACUUUUUCUAUAAUCUUGAACCUAUUUAUGGGAUAAAACCCUCUAUAGAGCACUUCUCCUGCUUUAUAGAUCUUUUAGGCCGGGCAGGGUAUCUUGAUGAAGCAAAAUCUGUCAUUGAACAGAUGCAUAUCCCCCCAAACGAGGUUGUGUUGGGGUCACUUUUAGGGGCCUGUAGUGUACACAGAAAUGUUGAAAUGGGGGAAUGCCUAAUGAAGGAUCUUGUCAACUUGUAUCCGCAUAACACCCAGUAUCAUGUUUUGUUGUCAAAUAUGUAUAUCGUAGCUGGUAAGAGAGACCAGGCCAUUUCACUUCGUCGGAUCCUUAAGCAUAGGGGAAUAAGGAAAGUACCUGGCGUUAGCUCUAUAUAUAUUGGUGGUCAGAUUCAUCAGUUCAGUGCAGGUGACAUAUCACAUCGUCAGAUUCAUGAGAUAUACCUGAUGCUGGACGAGAUGAUUCAGAGGCUAAAGUUGGCUGGCUAUGUACCUGAUGUUGCAUGCCAUCUACUUUUUGGGGAGGAGUGUGUGGAUGAAUGGGAGGAAAAGGAGCAGGCGUUGUUCUUCCACAGUGAAAAGCUGGCCCUUUCUUUUGGUCUUAUGAGUACAAGGGCCGGAAUGCCUCUUUACAUUUUCAAAAAUCUAAGAAUUUGCCUAGAUUGUCAUUCUGCAAUGAAGGUUGCUUCAAAAGUAUAUGAUCGGAAAAUUGUUAUCAGAGAUCGUAAUCGCUUCCACUCUUUUGAGUUAGGUUCAUGUUCUUGUUUAGAUUACUGGUAAAUGGUACCAGAGCCGUAUAAGUUGAGAUGAUUAGUUUAAGUUAUUUCAUUUUUAAUAUAAAUAUUGAGAUGAUUA